UGUGAUAAGGACAGGCGCGCCACCUGCAGCGCGUUCACUCUCUCUCUCUCAGCUCCAUCUCGAGUCUGGACUCCGGACUCCGGACUCCGGACUGCGGACUGCGGACUAGUAGCGGCCGCCGCCGCCGCCGCCGCAGCAGCAGCAGCAGGCGGAGUUUCACUCACUCGAGCAUUCCGUCCGUCACUGCGUGCCUCGGCCCACCCACUUCACCGCCGACGCACGCGCACGCGCGCGCACACCGCUCGACUUGAGCUCGUCCACCGAGUCCCUCCGCACGUAGUUACGGGGAGCAUGGCAGCCGCCCACGGCGAAUACAGAGGCUACCUGCGCACAACCGUGGACGUGGAAGCCGGCCACCAGCGCCUCCAGCCGGCGGCCGGCCCGGAGCACUCGCACCGGCCGCUCUUGUUCGGCACGCUGGCGGUCAUGGGGCUGCUCCAGGUGGCCUCCAGCGUGGCCAUCUUGCUGCACCUGACGGGCUACCUGCAGGAGGUAGAUCUGACCACUGCGCCACGUCGGCCCAUAGAGGAAGUGCAGACGGAGCCGGUGCUGAACGCGCUGAGAGACACCAGGAAGAACCGACGCUUCAAGAACCACAAGGAGACCCCGCCCUCCGCCCACCUGCCCAUCAAGGUGCACCAACAGUUCGCCAAGCCCGGCGAACCGAACGCGAUCACCAUCGACUGGGACGAGGCGCACGGGUACCGUCAUCGCAUGGACUACCAGAGGGGCAAACUGCUGGUGGUCAAGUCGGGCUUCUACUACGUCUACGCCAAAACCUGCUUCCGCUACUACGAGUACCCCGGGGACGGCGGCCAAGGCGGCGGGCCCUCCGUGGACGUGAGCAACACGCAGCUCAUCCAGUACGUCUACCACGAGAGCAUCAAGCAGAACAGCAAAGAGGACCUGCUGAUGAAGACGGGCAGCACCAUGCGCUGGGACAACUCCAGCUACAACAUGUACUGCGCCCAGCAGGGCCGAGGCCUCUGGCUGGAGCAAGGGGACGCCUUGUACGUUAGCGUGUCCAACGCGUGGAUGCUGGACCCCGACGGAGUGGGCACGUACUUCGGGGCCAUUAAGUUGGGUAACUGAAAACACGCCAAGACGCGCGGGACGCCGCCACGCUACUGAAGUGACGCCAAAGAACCGCUGAUGAUUUCAUAGAUUUAGCCGCACGUAGCCCCGUGCCGUCGCGGGCAGAACCGCGGCCGACUCGGUCGAGUGUAGCGCUGGAUUUAUUUUAUUUUUUUACUCCUGUUAUUCAUUAAGAUCGCAUUUGACUCUGUUGUUGUUGUUGUUUUUUUUUAAGCACUGAUGACAAAAAAAGGGCGCAAGUGAUGAAUUGUGGGCAACGAAGAUCAGCGUCGUCAUGGAAACAAGGAGUUUGCAUUUUAACACCAGCGCCGCCAAAAUAUUCCUCACCCGCAGUUGUCGAUGUUUUCCAGGAAGAGGUUUUUUGUCGGCGAGACGGAGGCAGCCCAGACGAGGCGCCGUUAUGACGGCUACGUUUACGUGCAAAGGUUGUGCCUCCUCUAUUCCGUUUAGUUCUUACAAUCAAGGCCGAGUGUCCCGAGUCAAGCCGAUUCCUCUGAAAACGUGCACGCCCUCGGUUGUAAAUUUGACUUUCACUGACCUUCAAAUGCUCCCACCGUUAUUCUUGCCUCACGCAGCAUCUCGCCGUCCGUUUUCCAAAAUUGCGCUCACUCAGGUGCCGGGUCAGCUUGGGCCAGAGGCAGAGCGCCAGUCACUCGCGGGGCGCAUUUCGCCAAACGGCCGUUUACAAUCGAGAAUCGUCAGUCAACCUGACUUGCUUGUUUUCAGGAGGCGGGAAGAAUCUGGACGAGGCGCAGCGACAUAUUUGAGCAUAGAUUCCAAUCGUUUUGGCAUUACAAAAAUCUGGACUUCCCCCAAAUAGAAUCUUUGAAAAGUAGCAACGCAUCUUGCACUAAACUGGGACAGAAGGCUGCGUUUGCAGGAGCCGUCCAACCCGACAGCUUUCGAGACGCGCGACGAUCGUGCUUAGGAUGAGAAGAAGAAUUUGCGUUUACACUAUAAAGCACCUUUCAUGGGACUCGAAUGCAAUUGUGACGAUGCCAUCGGCCUUUCAAAUGUUGUUUCCUCUGCAAUUGUGCCAACUCGUCGUAACGUCAGCCACUCGUGUGUCUCUUCUGGUUUUUUCUUUUUUGUUUUGCCCGACGCUACACAAGCGACCGGAAAUACUAGACUGGAAUUAACUGAAAAAGACACAGGACAGAUGGAGUCCAGUGGGCACACAAUACAGCGCAACUUUUCAGACAGUUCACAGGUGUUUUAGUCACGCGUCUAUGACGUGCGUUUGUCAAAAUAGAAUGACGGAGUCAUCGCAUCAUCAUCACGAUGAUGAUGAUGACACCCAAUCCCCAGAGAGAGCAAUCGAGACGCUUCCGAAAUGACACCGUGUCGGCAACUUGACCCAGAAAUCAAGCGUGUGCCGGAUAGCGGAAGGAAACAACUUUAGCUAGCGCCAAUCUUUUUGGCUUUGACGUGAAAGUAAGGACCCGUGGGUGACGUUUGUGUUUCUGUGUGGUAGUGUUUCAGACAGUGGAGCUCGACAGCGUCUCUGGAUCGUCACCCGACCGAUCAUGCCACGGGAGGAGAAACUGUGUGGCGGCGAUAUUACGGAAAUGAGUUAGUGUUGCGGAAUUGCAGAACAGCUGGUUUUCACAAAGAGGCCUAGAACAGCAGAUUCCCACCUGACGGGUGCGCAGGCACUCCAGUGACCCACCUACGUUUAGGAGAGUCGUCCUCUCUGUCCAUUUUUCAGCGUCAGCGUCGUCCUCAAAAUACCGGCGUCCACGUGAACACAGUCGCUUCCUCUUCAUCACAAUUGGAAUCCAGUUUGAAAUGAUUCAAUACUUACUCUGCCCCGCUUUAUUUGUAUUUACUUGGCCACCUCAACUAUCGCAACACAAAUGUGCGACGUUUUUGACUGAAUUGGGACAAACGACGUGUUUGCGUCGCUGCGGGUGACGAUCGACAAGUGAUGCAGAUAGCGGGACUGUCUGCUCUUGGACAUGAAAAGACUUUCAAAGGGAGGAACCAAAUUGACUUUGGUUUGUCUUUAACUUAUUUCUUCUUGGUUUUCAUUUGGCUCUCCAGUGAGGUAAAUGGGAACAUGCACCAGCUAUUUAUUUAUUAGUUCGAGAAGUACAGUACAGAUGCGGUUCAUUGUUAAAGUGGCCUUUAAGCUGUAUAAACAAAGUCAUGUAUAUUUCAUGUCUGUACAACAUUCAUUAUGCAGCACUUGGGACAUAGUAGGCACGCUUUUUGUUCAUAAAAACAGGGGCUUCAGCUCUACUUCCGUAUUUAUGUAUCUCACGUUUGACAAUUGUGUGUGCGCUCGCUAGCUGAAAGUGAAAUGCAUUUGUUUAUUCCGCAAGAUAGUAACAUACCUGAUUUCGACGGAGAAUGUUUUUGUCAGUAUGUUUUUAUUAUUUAUGUUUGUGUAUGUUGAAAUAAAAAUACUACUUUUGUAAUUAGGUUUCACAGUGCAUUGAACAGAGAUGUGGGCGCGAUUUCCGUCGGAAUCCAGAUUGUCAAAUUCAGACAUCCCGACUGUCCUUCACCGAGCACUCGCGGGGUAAAACAAAAUUGAUACGAUCA